AUGUCGUCUCCAACUGACUCGCUUCCAGAAACCAACGACCCAAUUAAGUCUUCAACCAACGAUCCAGUUAACUUUUCAACCAGAGACAUAAUUGAAUCUUCAAUCAAAGACCUAGUUAAAUCUUCAAAACAAGAUGCCACGGGAAAAAAGUUACCAAAAUGGAAACAUCGGUUAUGGAUAUGCGACCAGCACGGCAAACAAUUCUCCCUCAAAUUCGGAGAAGAACCUGAAGAACAAACUCACAUUAGACGCAAACAAUGGGAAGCAGCAAAUACUCUAGUAGAAUAUUGCCUAUCAGAGAAUUACGAGGCAAUGGUCUUGAGUCAGAUCAGGAAUAAUAAGACAUUUGAUGUCAUGAUUAUUUUUAGCAUGUCCUCUUCAUGCUCAUAUUGUUCUGUGGAAUUUACAUGA